GCAUCGUAUUAACCCGCGUUUGCAAGCUCCGUCUCUUAAAAACAAAAAAACCGCCAAUUGUCUCCUUUCUAUUUAAGUUGCUAGUUUUUUUUCUGAAUAUUAAAAAUUUUUUUUAUUUAUUUAUUAAUAAUUAGGAGAGAUUUUUAUUUAGAUUUUAUACUUAUUUUUCGUUACGAUAUUUUGUAAAUUUUACUGGAAAAAAUUAAUUAAUAAAUAAAAAGGAUUAAAGUUAAAUUAUUUAGUUUAGUAAGAUGACAACUUUCUGGGUCAGUUAAUCGUGUGAUAAGUGUGUGGUACCUUGGGUGUUAGCUGAGAAAAACUAAAAGCGCCAGUUAAUCGUUUCUCUGGAGGCGUUAAGAAAACAGUCAAGAUCAAUCGCUGCGCGAAAAUGUCGAGACGACAAGUUUUUAUCGAGGACCAGUCAUGACAGGAACGUACCGGAGAUCGGUGAGUACAGAAAGCGCGGGAGAAGAUGAAGAGAGCGUUGGAGGCGAGGAAACAAUCGGGAAUCUGGGGAUGACAACGAGAACACCCCGUAUGAGCCUGAGCGGCCGCCCGGGAGGAUUCUUCCGCGGCAUGGGGAGCCAACACCACCAGCUCCACCACCACCAUCAUCAGCAGCAUGUGAGCUUUGACCCGGAAGCUCCAGAGCCGCCACCUCCGCCUCCCAUGCCACAGUAUCAUCACCACCAGACAUCGAAUUUCCUCGAGAAACCCGAUGUCGAUAAAAAGGUCAAGCGGCACAGCAUCCACGGGAUGAUGGAAGAAGAGAAUGUAGUGAGGCCCCACCAGGAAAUGGAGAGUCUUUCUUUGGCUGAAAAAAAAUAUCUUCUGGCCGUCGAACGAGGGGAUGUCGCUUCUGUGAGAAGAAUGUUAACUCGAGCUCAACAUGACCAAUGGAUAAAAAUAAACUGCGUGGACCCUUUGGGAAGAUCGGCACUGCUUAUGGCGAUUGACAACGAAAAUCUGGAGAUGGUUGAACUUCUUAUAGAGUACAAGGUCGACACUAAAGAUGCUUUAUUACACGCAAUAUCAGAAGAAUUUGUGGAAGCUGUUGAGGUACUUCUCGAGCACGAAGAGACUCUCCACAGAAAAGGCGAUCCCCACGUAAGCGGCUCGGCUGUGUCGUCUGCUUGUCAUAUGCCCAGUUGGGAAGCUCUUCAUCCAGACACAGCAACUUUCACGCCAGAUAUCACGCCACUUAUUCUAUCGGCUCAUCGGGAUAAUUAUGAAAUUAUUAAAAUACUUUUGGAUCGUGGCUCGGUUUUGCCGAUGCCACAUGAUGUGCGUUGUGGAUGUGACGAAUGUGUAACCUCAAGAAUGGAGGAUUCGCUGCGGCACUCUCGGAGCCGAAUAAAUGCAUACAGAGCGCUGGCAUCACCCUCGCUGAUAGCUUUGUCUUCCAAAGAUCCUAUUCUAACGGCAUUCGAAUUGUCGUGGGAGUUACGCCGACUGUCUUUCCUUGAGCACGAGUUCAAAUGCGAGUACCAGGAACUUCGACGUCAGUGUCAGGAUUUUGCUACUGCACUCCUAGAUCACACGAGGAGUUCCCACGAGCUGGAAGUUCUUCUAAAUCACGACCCCACGGGACCAGCGUUUGAACACGGCGAGCGUAUGCACUUGAAUCGAUUGAAGUUAGCUAUUAAACUCCGUCAAAAAAAGUUCGUUGCUCACCCGAACGUACAACAACUCCUAGCAUCAAUUUGGUACGAAGGGCUCCCAGGUUUUCGGCGAAAGAACAUGGUGCUCCAAGUACUAGAAAUAGUCCGAAUCGGAAUUUUGUUUCCGUUCUUCAGCGUUGCAUACAUAAUCGCGCCUCACAGCACAUUCGGGCAGACAAUGAGGAAGCCUUUUAUUAAAUUUAUCUGCCACUCGGCUUCCUACUUCACAUUUCUCUUCAUGCUGAUACUCGCGAGCCAAAGGAUAGAAAGUGGACUCGGACUUUGGAGCAGCGACGACUACUCAGAGCAAGAGCCCGAAAAAAUACCCCCGACGAAAAGGGGAGCAGCUCCUUCUCUCGUUGAAUGGUUCAUCCUGGCGUGGGUGUCGGGGCUUAUUUGGUCAGAAGUUAAACAAUUGUGGGACGUGGGACUGGAGGAGUACGUUAACGACAUGUGGAAUGUCAUUGACUUUGUCACUAAUUCUUUGUACGUAGCCACGGUCGCUCUCAGGGUCGUUGCUUACUACAGAGUGCAAAAAGAAAAUGAGGGCCAGUUGGGAGAGGUCAUUGAACUUCAGAGAGAGCAAUGGGACACUUGGGACCCUAUGCUUAUCUCAGAAGGGCUUUUUUCGGCUGCUAAUAUUUUCAGCUCGCUGAAGCUGGUGUACAUUUUCUCAGUAAAUCCUCACUUGGGUCCACUUCAGGUAUCACUUUCUCGGAUGGUUAUGGAUAUUAUGAAGUUUUUCUUCCUGUACGUACUCGUCCUAUUUGCAUUCUCCUGUGGGCUCAAUCAGCUGCUCUGGUACUACGCGGACAUGGAGAAAAAAAGAUGCCCCACGGCAAACUAUCCUUACAGUAAUAAUAACACCACCACUGAUUCCAAUGCUUGUAUCGUCUGGAGACGAUUUGCCAACCUUUUUGAAACAAUACAAACUUUGUUCUGGGCAGUAUUUGGUCUAAUCGACCUCGAAAGUUUUGAACUGGACGGAAUUAAAGUGUUCACGCGGUUCUGGGGCAUGCUGAUGUUUGGUACUUACUCGGUUAUAAAUAUAGUUGUAUUAUUAAAUCUGCUAAUCGCUAUGAUGAAUCACUCGUAUCAGCUGAUAUCCGAGCGUGCGGACGUUGAAUGGAAGUUUGCGCGAAGCAAAUUAUGGAUCAGUUACUUCGAAGAAGGGGGAACUGUUCCACCGCCGUUCAAUAUCAUACCGACACCUAAAAGCAUGUGGUACAUAGGACAGUGGAUUUACAGAAAGUUCUGUGGGCACAGCAGGGCUGCUAAGAAAGAACAUAUGAGAACUAUUCGGCGCAAGGCGAAACAGGCGUCGGAGCGGGACCUGAGGUAUCAAAGUAUCAUGCGGAAUCUGGUCAGAAGAUACGUAACAGUCGAACAAAGAAAGACCGAGGGCGAGGGAGUCACCGAAGACGAUGUCAACGAAAUCAAGCAGGACAUCAGUGCGUUCAGAUGCGAGCUCAUCGAGAUACUCAAGAAGUCGGGGAUGAACACGUCUACGUCCUCUGGAACCGGUACCGGCGCCGGGGGUAAAAAGAACCGCCAGAAAGAGCGGAGGCUGAUGAAAGGAUUCAAUAUCGCGCCUCAGCCCCCUAGCGGCAGCGGAACUUUGGCGCCGGUCGCUGAAUUCAUCGCCUCCCUCCAGCAAACUCCAGAUGAGUCCGAGAACCAGGAGCUCUUUGGCAGCACCCUCAGCAGCAUAUUCGGGCCGACCACCACCCCCAGGAAGAACCCUCAUCACAUCAGCACCAACAGCGUUCCGGGGCUGACCACUAGCAAUCGUCAAAAUCGAUGCACACGCAACGGAUCUCGCAAAAGGCGAUGGGGAACUUUAAUUGAAGCUGCCAAAGCACGUUCGCGCCUCAUAGCCGGAAGAUCGCGAUCAGAAGACUCAAUGUACCCACCAGCUUCCGAAGACGGCGGGUUCCGUUCCGAGGGAUCAUCAGACUCAAAGUCAUCCUUGGACGGCGGCCCCCAGCUUCCAUCUGCUCACGAGCACUCCCAAACGGCGAGUCAGCAGAGCACAAACGGUCGCUCCGAAAACCACCACGUGUUUUCCCACGGUCUGGGCCCAGCCCUGGCAGCGCUCCGGAAAAAGCGUAAAAAGUUUUCCGCCUCCCGCGCUUCUACCCCCGCGAUCACCAGCGAAAACCCGAGCACCGUCGACAGCCUGUCGACGCUUCCUGUGAGGAACUCCUCGGCCUCCUCGGCGAUCGGGAAGACCACCUCCAAAAACCAGCUCCAUCGAGCCAGCAGUGUUCCGGCUCGCAGUCCAGAUCUUUCUGCGCACAAUUUAUCCCGAAGGCACGAUUCUACUCAGAGUCAGCAGCCCAGUCUUGAUACCAUCGAGAUUGUUAGUGUUAGUGAACGACUCGAAAACGAUGAUGUGCGAAUAGACGUCGAACCAAUGAGUCCUUCAACAACCGAAGAAAGUUUUGUAGGUCACCCGACAACCUCCAGGGAUGCGGUACCAGUUCAAAGUCUUACUACAAGCGUAAAAAGAAACGGUUCUGCGACACAAUUGCAGCGACUACCAGGCAUUGAGACAAUUCGUGAUGUCACCUCCGGCUGGCUCUGAGGCUUCGAUACAAUCAAAUUGACUCGGUGCUUUUAAUCCAUACAAAUAAAUCAAUAUUAACUUAAAUAAAAAAAAAAAAAAAACAAAAACAAAA